UCUGCGUCAAGUCAAAGCUGCGCUCAGCGGCUUGAGCGAUAAGCUCCUCUGGUUUCGCUCGAGCUACACAAUAAUAUACACAUUGCACAUUGACGUUUAAAGGGAAGCAGCCCAACAAAACGGAGCAAGUGUCAAACGAGAAGGGCCGUGAUUCAGCCGUUUACAUCGCUCCUGCCUGAAUACAACAAGUGCGCGAAAAGUGUCAAAGGGUUAAAUUUGCUGUAAAAGCGGGUAAAAACGCAGUCUCUGCUGCAGGACAGGCAUACAUCAUCGAGAGCAGCACAACAAAAGAACGAGAGAUAAAGUGCGGCGUCGGCCAGUGCGUGUUUAGUAGUGGCGUUGCAUCGGAUCGACGCGACGACUGCAGCUAAUCAGCCACGACGUCUGCGUGGUGUAUUAUGUUGUUGGACGAGGACAAGGCCGAGGAGGCGAGCCUGCGGAUGACGUCCGCGCCUUCUUGGCUCCUGCAGUGUUAGCUCAUCUUCGCGUCCAGACAGAGACAGACUCGAAAUAAAUCACAUUUUUCUCGGCUUAGCUCGCUCUCGUAUCGCAAGCUGCUCACCUAUAUCUACACGCACUCGCACACUACGCAGACAAAGAGAGAGAAGAGAGAGAGAGAGAGAGAGGAUAAGGAGUGAAUUGUGAUCGGCCGUCGCUGUCAGCCGUGUCGCGCGCGCGGCCCUAGCAGUACAGUAUAUAAUAAGUGCUGCUCGUCGCUCAUUGUCGCGGGCAAAAAUAAUACAUUACAGGCAGUACUGCGAGCGAGCCUCGACGAGAGACUCUCGUCUACAUAACUGUAUACAUAGCUGUAUGCUUAUAUACGUAUAUGCAGCAGCAGCAGUAGCAGCAGCCACGGGCCACGGCAUUGCAGCUCACACAUACACACAGCACUGCGGCUGUGCAUGUAUAACCUAAAGUCGUGCUGGUGAUAUCAUUCCAAGUCUAAAUAUACAUAUAUAGUAACUCACACGAUCGUCCGUGCUCUCUCGCACACACACAUAGACGGGUGAAGACACGCGCAUCGCAGCAGCGACGUCUCGCAAAUACGAGACGAGUGAAAGAUUCUCUCGAGUCUAUAUAUUAUGUACACAUGUGUAUGCACGACGUGUAUCAGUGGAUCAAGUCGCAUGUAAUAUAAUUAUAUCUGCGAUUGCCUGCGCGACUCGUAAUCAUUGUGUGUCUGUGCGCGUGUGCGUGUAUCGAGCGACACAGAGCCGUCAACGUCAAAUUACCUCCUAAACGUAUAACGUGCGGGAUAGAUCGAUUCAGUGCCGCUGUCGCUGUCGCUUCUGCUGCUGCUGCUGUCGCUGCACUGCACAAGUAUCGCACGGAUAUAGACGCCGUUUCGACCAUUAUUUAAUUUUGACAAGAGAGAAAGAAAACAUGACUGCGAUACUGAUAUUCGUCGCGGAACUGUCGACCAAUAUAUUCCCAUGGCUCGUUGUCAUCAUCUGCUUUUGCGGCUUCUUCCUCUUCAUGAUGAGGUUUGUUUCCGAUAAUGGGAACAUGAUGGUGCUGCGAGUCCACGGAGACGAUUUGAUGUUCGGUGGUACGAACGACGUCAUGGGACACUCGCCCCGUAUACCACAGAUGAAAAUGAUGAAAGUCCACAUACCGUUCACGUUUAAAUUGCACGAGAGCCUCAAAAGCACAUACAGUGAGGUCGAGUGCGAGGUAUCUAGCCAAGUGGAGUACUCGCUUCAAGCCGUCUGGGGCGUGAGCAUACGCGAGCUUCAUCUGGCCCUGUGGCAGCCUUGGAGCACGCUGAGGGAUGCCGCCAAUAACGGCACUCUGCUGCAAGGCCACGCGCAGUACUACUCCCAGCCGAAAUCUCGAUCGAAGCACAAGGAGGAACGGCUGACGCUGUCGCUACCCGGCCCCGCAUUGGAGCUCGGCACACCUCCGCGGCUCUGCUAUCCUCUCGUUAUAUUCCUCACGCGAACGGAUACGAAAGACCUGCAUCCCGAUGAAACGGUAGCUCUGGUGAAUGUCGUUCAUAUAAAGGAUGGCGUCUGUACGUUGCCAACCUCGGUCCUCGCUCAGUAUCUCAAACAAGCUAACGGACAGUUGUCCUGCCUCAAGCAACUCUACCUGGCCACGGGCAAUUCGACGAAUUACGACGAGGCCGGAGUGUCGACGGGCAUCGGGCCCCUGGCCCUGGCGGAGCCCUGCCCGAGCAGCAGCAACGACUCGACCUCUCGGGACGCCAUAGUCGCCUCCGGGGCCGGCGACUCGAGCAGCGAGGGAUCCCUCUGGAACAGCGCCGGCGAGCAGCUCUGCGUCGUCUGCCAGUACUUCCCUCUGUCCCGGGCGCUGCUGCCCUGCCGCCACACCUGCAUCUGCGCCGUCUGCUUCUGCAAGCUCGACCGCUGCCCCAUGUGCCGCAGCCCCAUCAAGUCCUACUUCUGCAUCCGGGGCGAGGAGUACAUGCCCGAGGCCCAGGAGACCAACUCGUGCAAGCAGAGACAGGCCGGCGGCAGGGCCCACGAGGCCAAUAACGCCGCGUCCCACUGGCUGCACGACUGGAACGAUCGGCUCACCGAUUUUCUCGGCUUCACUCGAUGAGAUUACUGAGCGAUGCAUCUUUUCCAAUUCAUCCACUGAAGCAGCGACGAGUACGACAUUUUUCGUUUGCGAUGACGAACGAAAGACGUUUUUCUUACUGACUCGUCUCUGAGCCUACUUUUCUCCGGUCGAAAGGAAAAAAAACUGACUUGUGAAACGAUGAGUUUUUUUUUCUUUUUUCACGAAUACAUUAACAAAUUGAUUGUCAAAUUUAUAUCUUUCAAGUGAAUGUCGUCGCCGUGUGAAUCGUCAAAGACUGCGUGACUUUACUGAUUAUGCCAUGUUUUCUAUUUAUGAGAAUUUGUGUCAAGCAAAGUAGUGUUUAAAUAACAAGACUUUUUUCUGUGUAUUUUUUCCUUUCCUUUUCUUACCGUGUAACUUUACUCUGUGUCAAUUUUUAAAUAUGAUUAGACGAUAUUACCGUCCGUCUCUAAUGAAUGUUUAAAAAAUCAACUACUUUGUAUGUAUUUGUAUGAAUUAUUCGAAAAAUAUGAUUUUUAUUCAACUGACUAAAUGAAAAGAUAUUGCGUAACAAAACAUUAUGGCAAGUUUAUAUCAUCGUACAAACUGACAUGAAGCACACGAAUUUUUGAUUUAAUCAAUCGUGCCAAACUCAAUGUCAUUUAAUUCUGUACGAUUUUUUACAUUAAAAAGUAAUGAAUAAACUAGCAGCACUGUAAAUACAUAAA